ACGAAGAAAAGAACCCUUUAUUGAGAUGACACAUAGCCUUAAACACUGUGACAGCGUGACUGUUAAUUCAUGCUCAGGAUUUCAGUUGCAGAGAAGAGAAUUGUGCCUCGCUUCGAAAAUCAAUAAAAAUAUCCAAAGCAAUGCAAACAAAAUUCAAAGGACAGAUGUUACAAAUGAUACGACCAUUUUAUCAUUUUUUACGGAAAAGAAAUUAGAGAAUCUAAACUUAUUACUUCAUUCUUUUAUUACAAUUUGCAAAAAGGAAAAUAUUCCAUUCAUGCUGUAUGGAGGUUCGCUGCUGGGAACAUACCGCCAUCACGGUAAAAUACCGUGGGACGAUGAUGUUGACGUCAUUGUUAGUUCAAAGGUCAAACGAAGACUGCGACGCAUUCUGGAAUCUGAAAUGCUUCAUUCCCUCAGUGUUUGGGGAGAGAUGUCAACACAAUGGAAAGUGUUCAGAAAAAAUGAUAAUCAAUGGCCGUUUGUCGACGUCUUCUUUUAUGAUGAAAAUAAAACUCACAUUUGGGAUACGGUUCCACAAUACCGAGGACGUUUCGUAUUUUUCAAGAGUGAUAUAUUUCCGCUGGCUUACCGUUUAUUUAAUGGCAUGUGUCUUCCAGUUCCAAGAAAUAUGAAAGUGAUUAUAGAACAAAAUUACGAAAUUGACCGAUGUCAAAGUCCGAAAUUCGAUCAUUUUACCAAUGGUAGAAUUCCGCCCAAGAAAAGAUUAAACAUUCCUUGUAACAAACUGUACUCCCGAUUUCCUUUUGUAUUUCGUGAUCAUGUUGAUCAAGUGGUUUCUAAUAAUGAAGUCACAUCUUCAUUUUUUAUCGAACGCACAAAAAAGGCUGGCCAAGGUCAGAAUGUGUUAGCAGAGACAUUAAAGUUAAAUGACAGUAUCAUUCUAUAUUAUCAAAGUAAUACUUAA